CUCCACGAGUCGCCCAAGUUUCUCAUGGGUCGCGGGAGGGACGAGGAGGCGGUCGAGAACGUGCAUAGGAUUGCUGCGUAUAAUGGCAAGACGUCAGAUUUGACGGUCGCGGAUCUGCAAAAGGCAGGGAAUGCGGUUGGAGAGGGGCAGGGUGGUAAGAAGCUCGAUACUUCGGGCAAGGCUGCCGUUUUGCGUACCGUCGAAAAGUUUAGUCUCGACCAUGUCAAGGCAUUGUUUGCGACGCCACGAUUGGCUUAUUCUUCCACGUUGAUCAUCAUUUUGUGGGCUUUGAUCGGUCUGGCAUUCCCGUAA